AUGACUCGUGGCCUCACUGGACGGCUUGUACAAACCAAUUUCUUUAAAUUCCUUCGCCCAAAAUUGCUAUCACAAUUCAUUAAUAUUCAAGUCGCCGCUACAUGGGGUGUUGUCGCCACUACCAUCGCCCUCUGAAUUGUUCAGCCAUGGGACUAGUUAAAGAAGACAUUUAUUGAGAAAGGCAAAAUAGCUCAAUGGACCCUUAUACUUGGGCGGAUUUGUAAAGUGGAUACUUCUACUUAG